GAAUAUUUUAAGCGAUUUCGUUUAACUUCUCUUCCCAUAUGUUUAAAACUACUUAAUUAUAAAACUCAGUACAUGACAAUCCACUCAGAAGAUGUAUGGUCUGGUGGACAAUUACUAUGCAUGGAAAAAAGAAAAAAAAACACCAAAAACUGCACUUCCACUUGUGCACCAAACAUACGGUGACCAUCCCCUUUUAAAUGAACUGACCGUCAGUCAGUCGGCUGCCGGUGCUUGAAAUCUGCGCAUGUCCUUGCAUCGGGCAAGUGUCAAUGUGCUCACCAUGCAUGAAGUCUCGUGAAAUCUUCUGCACGUUCUGCACCCAACGCAAUUGUAACACGCAAGAUGUGAACGCCACAAUAUCUUCCGGAUUUGCACUCUUCAUAAGUUCUCGAUAAAUGAAACGUUUGUUCUAAAACCGUCUAGUGGAACUAUUAGCAAGAUUGCUUUGUAUCUGUCGUGUGAUGAGACUCAUCGAACCGCAGCAUCCGGUAUUAGAAGAUUUCCGUUUUGAGUGAAGAAUCUGACUUGUUCCUGUUGCUUUUUGGUUGGUAAAUUGAUCACAAACAUUUGCUUAAAGGGGACCACCACCCUUGUAGUUGAUUCGAUUAAAUGUGACCAUAGAAAGGUAGUAGUGGGUGGCUUAUCAUUGCCAAGGUUUCGUGCUAGUGUUGCUUAUGCUUGCUUUGUGUGAUCUUGGUGUGGUCGUCUAAACACUUUAAUUGAGUGAAAUGUGGACGAGUGAAGCUGGAUGCUGAUGUCAUUCAACUAACCACAAAAAGAUAUUACAAAUAUCAUAUCGCUUUCCGUGUUUGAUGUGAUGUAGUAGAAUCCGAAGUGCAAUUUACAUGAUAUAAAGGCUGAUAACAAGUUGACCAAUGUGUCUGUGUGUCUUAAGCUCAUAAAAGUGGAAGUGUUUUUGUCCCAUCUUUUGGUCGCUUUUUGAUAGGUAAUAUUUUGUACGGAAUCGAUUUUUGUAACAGCCCCCAACCGGAUUGGUACUAUCUUGUGGAUGUGUACUAUUUCCUUCCUGAAAGCAAAACAACUGUGCCAAACAUCCUGCACACCAUUGUUCUCCGUGCCAUCCGUUCGGAAUUUUGUUGCGACCAGUUCUAAGUGCUAAAGCGCCUGUGUGUUUGCUUGUGUUGUGGACUAGAAGGUGUCUCGGAGGAUGAGACGGGACGAAACGUACCGGCGCAUCACGCGCGAAAAAGUGGUCGUGAGAGGAAACACCACCAUCCGGACACUGGAUUCAACAGUUUCCUUUCUGCCAAUCGUAGAAUCUUCCGCACCAUCAACGUCCGGCUUCCAGCAUAUGGCCCGCAUGAUGGACACUUUGAUCCUGGAUAAUUUGGCACCAUUUGCCUUUACGAAAAUCACGACCACGCAUCGCCCGACACGGAUCAGUGGUGGCAGUGGCGGUGGAGGUAGCGGCAGUGGUGGCAGUGGUUCAGGCAGCAAUGGUGUCCCCGGUGGAGGAGGAAGUGGAGGCGGUGGAGUUGGAGUUGGUGGCGGUGGUCUCAUUGAUGCACGGUCCGGACCACUGGGUGGCAUGGGACAGGAAGGUAUGCUACGCAGCGGACCAGGAGGCCACGGAGGCAGUGGUGGCAGUAUGGGCGUAAAGAAGGCAACCAGCACAAGCAACGUUAGCAAUCUGAUCGGUGCCGGGACGGUCAGCACGUCCACGAUUCGGGUGAACCUGCAGAAGAACAAAAUACCGACACAAGGUCAGUGCGGUCCGCUACCUGGUGAGGUGCAUCCGAAUCCACGCCAUGCCAAUCUGGCGGCGAACGCUUCGUCCCCUCCAACGGCGACAGAUUCUCGCUGGAUCUCGUCACUUCGGCGGCGCGAUCCAGAACUCCAACCGACACUGCCCUCGAUCAAUCACUCCAAUCACCACAGUACCUCAUCGCUGACGCAGCAAAACAGCAUCGGCUAUACCAGCUCCUCCAACACACCGAACACGGAUCGACGCAGCAGCCGUACGAGCGGCCAGAAGUCAUCCCUACGCAAAAGCCGCUCGGUCGAACGCAUCCGGGCCCGCAAAUUGGCCACCUCCAAGAUCAAGGAGCGUCCGAAGAAAUCUUCCUCCGAGGAAGGUGGUGGUUCGGACGAUCAGGAAGUUACCUCGGUGGAGGAGAACUCACCGCAACAGCAACACUCGCCGGUAAAGCGCGUCGACAAGUCGAAAAUGUUUAACCCGAUCGGUUACGAACCGCACCUGAUCGAUACGCUCGAGAAGGACAUGCUGCAGAAGAACCCGAACGUACAGUGGAACGAUGUGGCCGGAUUGAACGAAGCGAAAGCAAUCCUCCAAGAAGCGGUCGUACUACCGGUUAUACUGCCGGACUUUUUCCGUGGCAUUCGCCGACCGUGGAAGGGUGUGUUGAUGGUGGGCCCACCCGGUACGGGGAAAACGAUGCUCGCGAAAGCGGUCGCCACGGAGUGUGGGACGACAUUUUUCAACGUAUCGUCCAGCACGCUAACGUCCAAGUAUCGGGGCGAAAGCGAGAAGCUGGUCCGGUUGCUGUUCGAAAUGGCACGCUUCUACGCUCCCAGCACGAUCUUCAUCGACGAGAUCGAUUCGCUGUGCGCCUGUCGGGGUAGCGACUCGGAGCAUGAGGCUAGCCGGCGCUUCAAGGCGGAACUGCUGAUACAGAUGGAUGGAUUGAAUGCGGCCAAUGAUGAUAAGGUGAUCAUGGUGCUGGCUGCAACGAACCAUCCCUGGGACAUUGAUGAAGCAUUCCGGCGCCGGUUCGAGAAGCGCGUCUACAUUGGUCUUCCGAACGAUAACACUCGCAAGGCACUGCUAGAGCUCUGCCUGAAGGGAGUAAACAUUUCACCGGAUUUGAACACGGACACGAUCACGGAACAGCUGAGCGGAUACACCGGUUCCGAUAUCGCAAAUGUGUGCCGCGAUGCCGCAAUGAUGGCCAUGAGACGGCACAUCAACGGGUUGAGUCCGUCAGAGAUCAAGAUGAUACGCCGGGAGGAAGUCGAUCUACCGGUUACGGCACAGGACUUCCAGGACGCGAUGGUAAAAACACGCAAGUCCGUCUCGGCAAACGAUGUUGCCCGGUACGAAACCUGGAUGGAUGAGUAUGGAUCGUGCUAGUGCUACGUGUAACAGGUUCACGAAAGGAAAGCCUCUACCAGUCAUCCGCUCACACCUCAAUCCGACUCAAAGACUCCUCGUACUGUAGUUGUAGCUAAGCAAAUUCACGACAUCAGAAACACCAUUCAAAGUGAAAGAAGUGAGAAAUGUUCUGGAGGAUAAAUAAUGAGUUCCAUAAGCUUCAUCGUCGUUGUCUUAUUUUGGAUACAUCAAGUAGAAGGCAAAGCGCAUCGACAGGACCACAAAAACGGAGAUGAGAGUCAGCUCAGUUAAAUAGAUAUCGAAUUGCUUACACGAUCACACCAUUCCUAAUUUAUUUUGUAACAUUUUUGUGUUAAAUUUAAAUGUUUAACCGGUUAAUGUGUUUGUAAAGCAAAUCUGUUUCCUUUCCAUAUGAAUAGUCCCAAUAAAUCGCUCAUGUUAAUCACUAAA